AUGCCACCAAGGAAUCGUGGCGGUCGGCCAAGCCUUGGGCAUGGCCUUGAUAAGGAGGUCUACCAAAUUAUCCGCAAGCUCGUGGACGAACAGCAAGCGGAAGGUUCGGAUUUACGGCUUGGUGUGCCUAUGAUUUACGACCGAAUCAAGAAAUCCAAUUCCAGUUUAAAUCGCAGACCCAAAAAAUUAUUAGAGGACAGUAUUGAGCGGGUAUUGGACGUUAUUAAAGCUGACGCUUUGGGUGAAGAUGAAUCUGAGUCGUUGGAAGGAGACUUUGAGGGAUUGGUCGAGAAACAACAGCCUCCGGCUUUGAAUGGCGUAAACAAGAGCAUCGUGGGAAUGUGGAACACACAGUCGAAAACACCGCCAACUCAUAAGAAAUUAGAUGGAGCGGUUGAGUCCUCGUCGUCGGUCCCCCAACCCACAAACAAAAGGCGUCAAACAGGUGGUGAAUCGAUCUCGAAACGUCGAAAAGCGGAGAGUUCUAUCGACCGAUCCCCACCGACACAUGUGAGCCUUGCAGAUUUAGGAGGCGUGGACGACGUGAUCCAAGAGAUGGAAGAUUUAAUUGUCCUCCCAAUGACUCGGCCUCAAGUUUAUUCCUCGUCCAAAGUUCAGCCGCCACGCGGUGUCCUACUGCACGGGCCUCCCGGGUGUGGAAAGACUCUAAUUGCCAAUGCUUUCGCGGCAGAAUUGGGUGUUCCAUUUAUCGCCAUUUCUGCUCCGUCAAUUGUCUCUGGAAUGUCGGGUGAAUCGGAAAAGGCACUCCGGGAACACUUUGACGAGGCUAAAAAGGCUGCUCCCUGUCUUGUCUUUAUUGACGAGAUUGAUGCUAUCACUCCAAAGCGUGAAAGUGCCCAGCGUGAAAUGGAGAAGAGAAUUGUCGCCCAGUUACUCACAUGCAUGGACGACUUAGCUUUGGAAAAGACGGAUGGAAAACCAGUUAUUGUACUGGCCGCAACAAAUCGGCCAGACAGUCUUGAUCCAGCUUUGAGAAGAGGUGGUCGUUUUGACAAGGAGAUCAAUCUCAGUGUUCCUAGUGAACCAGUCAGAGAACAAAUCCUACGCACAUUGACAAGAAAUAUGAAUCUUGCCAAUGGUCUGGAUUUUCCAUUACUUGCGAAACGGACCCCUGGCUUUGUCGGAGCUGAUUUGAAUGAUCUGGUAUCUACAGCGGGGACAGCUGCUAUCAAGCGAUAUUUAGAUCAUUUAAAAUCUCUAGGCGAUGAAGAGAUGGACAUUGAAGAGCCUCAGAGCAACAUAAGCCCGAAAAUCUUAGAACUCCGCCGCCUGAUAAGGCGAGCUCGAGAGGCGCCUCCGGAAUCUGAACCCCAAACGGUAUUUGUCUCCAACGAGGAUUUUUUGGCCGCACUCCCCAAAAUUCAACCUUCCUCGAAACGUGAAGGUUUCGCCACAAUACCUGAUACGACUUGGGCUGAUGUGGGCGCCCUCGGUGGCGUGCGCGAAGAACUCGUCACUGCAAUCGUCGACCCCAUCAAAACCCCUGAAAUUUAUGCUCAGGUCGGGAUAUCAGCACCAACCGGUGUUCUUCUAUGGGGACCACCAGGAUGCGGAAAGACUCUGCUUGCUAAGGCCGUUGCUAACGAAUCGCGUGCCAAUUUUAUUAGCGUCAAGGGGCCCGAGCUUCUCAACAAAUACGUUGGCGAAUCAGAACGAGCAGUGCGGCAAGUCUUCGUUCGUGCGCGGUCUUCUAUUCCUUGCGUUAUAUUUUUUGACGAACUUGACGCUCUUGUCCCUCGUCGCGAUGAUACACUCUCCGAAGCGUCUGCGCGUGUGGUGAACACAUUACUUACUGAGCUUGAUGGGCUUGGUAGCGCACGACAAGGGAUAUAUGUCAUCGCUGCCACCAACAGGCCAGAUAUCAUCGACCCGGCCAUGCUACGACCUGGUCGUCUUGAAACUCUUCUUUUUGUUAAUCUACCUAGCGAGAAUGAGCGAGUAGAUAUCCUUCGUACAUUGGUUCGUAACCUAACUGUUGAAGUCACCCCGGAAAUCGAAGCCCUGGUGCGCUCGUGUGAGGGCUACAGCGGUGCAGAUUUGGGUUCAUUGCUUCGCCGUGCCGGUUAUGCAGCGAUCAAGCGGCGAGAUACAAUCAAAUUGGAAGAUUUCUUAGUUGCAAAGACAGAGAUUAGACCAAGUGUUACUGACAUGAGGAGAUAUGAGAGACUAAGGAGAGAAUGGGGAGGUGGGAAUGUCGCGAUUUAACUAUUUGUCUCAGCACCAUACUCUUUGUAUGUAUGUACGUACAUAUAUACCUCUAAGUUUUGAAAAUAUACCCAGUUAGACGUCUU